GGAAGGGUGGGGCAGUAGCGGCGGCGGGGGCGUGGUCUGUCUGUCAGCCGAGCCCGUCGUCUCGGUAGCCAGUGGAGGAGGCGGCGCGCCGGGGCCUGGGGGCGGCAGCCUGGGACGCAGGAUGUUACGCCUUCGACUUAUUCCUGCAGUAGCGGGACUAACAGUGGUUUUGCGUCGUCAUCAUGGAAUGGCAUAUCACACCAGGAGCAGGCACAGACUUAUGUUUGCAGCUUUUAUAGGAACCACUGCAGCAACAGCAAGUGCUGGACUGUUGUGGAAGAGGGUCCAUGCAGAAGUGCCAUCAUCUGUAAAACACAAUUCAAGGACAGACCCUAAAGAGAAAGAGAAGGACCAGGAGGAAGAGGAGAGCAGUGAGGUUGAUGGAAGGCAGGCAGUUGAAUCAAGUGGUGAAAAGGCUCAGCCAGAAGGGAAGAAGAAGAAACGUUCUGGAUUUAGGGACCGCAAGGUGAUGGAAUAUGAGAAUAGGAUCCGGGCCUACUCCACUCCAGACAAAAUCUUCAGAUACUUUGCCACUUUGAAAGUAAUAAAUGAACAUGGAGAUUCAGAGGUGUUUAUGACGCCACAAGAUUUUGUGAGAUCCAUAACUCCUAAUGAAAAACAGCCAGAACAUCUCGGCCUUGAUCAAUUUAUUCUGAAGCGUUAUGAUGGAAAGACAGAGAAGUUAUCCCAGGAACGAGAGAAGUUUGCUGAUGAAGACAGUAUAUUUUAUACCCUUGGAGAAUGUGGACUCAUCUCUUUUUCUGACUACAUCUUCCUUACUACUGUUCUUUCCAGGGUGGUUGCUGGUUGCCUUCCUUCCUCAAGUGCUGGAGUUGGUGGCUCUACUGGUUCUGUUGAUGCUGCGAGGAGUUCAUAUCUGUUGUGAAGUUCCAGGGGGGUGGUGACCCUGGCACCGCAUGUCUUGGGGCCGGAGAUGACCUUCAUCCAAGCGACCCCUUGCUGGACUUUGCAGUAGCUACUCCUGUCCACCCUCGUCCUGCCUGCCAUCCGUGUUCUUCCCUCAUCGUUCUUCUGAUGAAGGUUUUGGAAGUGGGUGUCGAUCUCCUCUUCACCAUCCCUGAUGGUACGCAGCCUCUGCACUGCAGCCUGGAGCUCCCUUAUCUGGCACCCCAGAGACUCUAUUGUAGACCAUACACCACAAGGGGAGGUGUCAUUGCUCCUGUUCCUAAGUGCCUGCAUAUGAGCCAGGCAGCGCGCACAGCUGGAAACCAGGGCUCUGUCUGAGUAGAGGCUGGAACCAUGGGCUUCAUCUGGGUGGAGGCCUCAGUGGUACCAAAGGGGGAGGCUCCAGCUGAAGUGGGGCGGGAACUUUAGAGUGCAAUUGCACAGGUAAUAGUCUGGACUACUGCUGUGCCGACCCUUCUCAAGAUCACCACCUAGAGCCUUAUGCCCCUCCUUCUUGCUCUCCUGCAUGAACUCCCGUGCUAACUCAUAUGCCAGAGUCCAGAGCACAACUAUUUGCGUAGUUCCCUGGUGGGGUUGGGCUAAUGGGGGAGAACAUAACCCUCCUCAGCUGCCUCCCACCACUGAUUCUGCCAAGCCACCGCAGUCCCUGCUUACCUCCUGGCUCCAUGCUGUGGGGUCGGGGUCCUCCAGAGGGUCUGCCAGGAGUCUUUAGCUCUGGGGGAGGGGGUGUGACAGCCUUCCACCUGUGUGUCUCGGUUGAGAACCGGUCUGAACUGGGUUAUGGUGGGUGGGGUGGGAGGGAGAAAGAGAGAGAGAGACAUGGGGUUGGGCUGCUGGCUCCAUCGCGUGUGGCUCUUGCUGACUGCAUGCAAGCCUCAUGCAAUGCAGCCAGCUAAACCCUGUGCCCAGGCUCCAUGCUUCUUCUGCCCCACCCUGGGUCCUCACUGGCCCUAGGGCACCAGCACAGGCUCUGUGUCCACCCACUGCCACCACUCUCCUGCCAUUUUCCCGAUAUUUUUCUUUUUCUUUCCUUCCUCCCGCAUGCCAGCCUGCCACUACUGCUGCCACUGCUGGCAUUCCCCCCACUGCAGCCACUCCCUGUGGGCUGCCCCCCAUGGUUUCUCCCACCACUGCUGCUUUUCAUGGCCCCUUCGGCACUGUCCCUGCUGCUCCCCCCACCACCACCACUGCUUUCCAUGGCCCCCUCUGCCACUCCCUCCACUGCUACCCCUGCCGUUUUGGCUUCCCUUCACCCCCCUCCACCUGCCACUUCCCACUCUGGCUCCAGCCCAGCCCCACCAGCACCAUGCAGCUUCCAUCUGCUGGGUGGAUCACAGCGAAUUUUUUUUUCUCCUCCCCCUCCCUCUGUCCCACCUUAUUUAUGUUUCCAGUUGGACAGAGGGAGGGCAUGCAACAGCCCCAAGUUUGCCAAGCCAGAAGCUGCAGAGGUUUCUGGUUGGGAGCUGGAGGCAGGAGGAGGGAUGGGGGUGGGGAAGACCCAGCAGGCCUUGCUGCUCAGCAGCUGGGUCCUUCUGCUGGCUUCCUGUGGGUCCUGCUGCCACUGGUGCCUGUCAUCUUUGACAGACAACUGGGGCAGAUAAAAUUAAUUUUCUAAAACUUUUUAGGGUCCCCGCAAGCUGGAUAGAAUGGCCUGCCAGGCUGGAUCUGGACUGCGGGCCAUAUUUUGCCCAUCCCUGAUCUAUAUAUUUUCCAGACCACCUACUUCGGUACAGUAUGGUGCCUUUUGUUCAAAGGAGAAAAUAAGUGGCAUGGCAAACACUUCUAGCUUUCAGGUCUUCUCUUCAAUUUAAAAAUAGUAAAAUCUAACACUUGAUUGAUCACCAACAGGCUUUAUAAUGAACAGUUUACAUAAAGGGAUAGAAUUUCUUCUCAAGCUUAUUUUUGAUCCUUUAGAUCAGUGGUUCGCAACCUUUUUAUACUCAAGGCACCCCUUUGUAACUUUGUGAAUGUAAUGGGACUCCAUUUCAAUUUUACUGAUUUUUUUUUUUUUUAAACAGGAAAUAAUAAUGACGCAAUUCUCCUGUUGCAAAAUACUUGAAAAGACUACAGCGAGUCAGGAUGUUUUUGAUGAUAUGGAUUCUUAUUUGAGAUCUUUGGAUUUAUGUUGUGAAUCACAUGGAGGUAUUUGCACCUUUAAGAGAAGGCUGGAUGAACACGUCGCUGGGGUCGUUUGACCCCAGUACUCUUUCCUACCAUGGUAGGGGGUCGGACUUGAUGAUCUGCUCAGGUCCCUUCCGACCCUACCAACUAUGAAACUAUAGUAUUAAUAGUGUGGCAUCCUGCAAUACCUUCAACAGAUCCCAUAGCACCUCAGGGUGCC